AUGUAUAAAAAUCUUUCAAAAUCAUUAAAAUGUAAUUUAAAUGUUAAAUCAUUUAUGUUCAAUAAUUUAAAUAGUUAUUCUUUUCAUUGGUAUAAAUUAAAGAGAUUUCUUCAUAAAAGUAUAAAAACAAGAAAAUCUCUUAUAUUAAACAUAAAUAAUAAAUAUGAAUUUUUUCAAAAAUUAGAGAAAACAAAUUAUAAAACAAAAGAAAAUAAAAAGGAAAUUUCUGUAACAAAUAUAAAAAAUGUGAAAAGUAAGGAAUAUAUUUUAAAUGAUUUAAAUGAAUUUGUUUUUAAUAAUGAUAAUAAUAAAGAAAAAGAGGAAGAAAAAAAAAAUAAAAAUGAAAAUGAAUCAAAGAAUAAUGACCUCAUUUUAAGUGACGAUGAAAUAAAAUUAGAAAAAUUAUUAAAAAAAAGAAAUAUUAAAAAAAGCAUAAUAACAAUAACGGAAAAAGCUGAAAAAGAGAUAAAAAAAAUAAUUGAAAAUAAUAAUAAGCAAAAUAAAAAUAAUAAUCAUGUUUUAAAAUUAUAUUUUAUUACCAAGGGAUGUAAUGGGUUAACACAUUCUUUCAGUUUUGUUGAUAAAGAUGCUAUUAGUAAAAAAGAUGAAAUUAUAUAUGAUGAUCAAAAAACUAUACUUCUAGUAAUUGAUAACAAAUGUGUAUUAUAUGUUAUUAACACAGUACUUGACUAUUAUAAAGAUGAUUUAACAGAAAAAUUUAUUUUCAAAAAUCCGAAUAUAACAUCUAUUUGCCCAUGUGGUACUAGUUUCCAUUUUUCAAAAAAAUAA